AUGGCUCCUUAUCAGAGAGGUGGAUUUUUUUCUCUCUUUGGCGGUAAUGAUUACGACCAAGCCAAAAAGCGUCUUAAUAUUAAAGAGUAUAAAGUAUUCUUAAAAAAACAAGAUUUUCAAAAUUAUGAUACUAAAUUCUUUGGAGCCUUAUUGCCUUUGCUAAAUGAUAAAAGAAAAGAAGCCAAUGUGCCAAAAGGACAAAUACCCGUUCCUAAUGCCCUAAAAGGGAUUAUUAAGCAAGAAUAUUUUACG